UACGAAAGCGGUGAUUUGGCUGUCUGCUUCACAUGCGGCACGCAAUUCGACGCGCUGCUCUCCUCCCCACCCCUAAACUGCCCCAUCUGUGACGAUCCGCGCCAAUACGUCCCGCCCAGCGGCCAGCAAUGGUAAGUUGCAAGACCUGCGUCCGCAAGAAAUGUAUUUCAAAGUGAGAGGAAGUUAGGCCAUACCGCCAGCAUUCGUCAAAAGCUUUGGAUGCUGCCAUCCACCCUCCAGCCCAGCGACUCAAGCCCAUGUGACUAGAUAUUGACGAACGGGCCCAGGACCUCCCUCAACAACGAGCGCUCGUCCCAGAAGAAUGAAUUCACAGCCGACCCCCACGACCCCCGCAUCCACUAUAUCACCACCACCCCCACCGCCCCCUCACGCACCACCAUGCCCGCGGGCCUCUCCGAAUCCACCUCGACGACCAAACAGCUCGGCAUAGGCGAGCGCGCCAUCCUCCUGCAAACCUCUUCCGGAAACGUGCUGUGGGACCUAGUAGCCUGGCUAGACGACGCAACGGUGGCGUUCAUCAAGAGCAAAGGGGGACUGCAAGCCAUUGUGAUCAGCCAUCCGCAUUUUUGGACGACACAUUUGGAGUGGGCGCGCGUAUUCGGAUGCCCAGUAUAUCUGCAAGAAGCAGAUCAAGAAUGGAUCCAGCGCAAAGAAGACCCACAAGGUCUCCGCCACUUCAUCUCAGGCGAGACGGAAAUCCUCCCCGGCGUUACCUCCCUCCAAGCCGGUGGUCACUUCCCAGGGUCCUCCUUCCUGCACUGGGACAACAAGCUCUUCAUCGCCGACACGAUGAUGUCCGUCCCUUCUGGUUUCUCUAAGCCUAACGGAUCCAAAUCCAACCCUAAAGCUGCUACUUAUUCCUUCAUGUGGGCCUACCCCAACAUGAUCCCCCUGCCGCCGAGUGAGGUCCUGGGCAUCUGGAGGAGUAUCAAGGGCUGGGACUUUGAGAGUACGUAUGGUGGAUUCAUGGGGCAGAAUGUUGUUGGUAGGAAGAAUUUGAAAAAGGAAGUGCUAGAGAGCGCGCAAAUGUUUUUGAGGAAGGGAGGACAUGAGAAGGCAGAGAUUUUUGAGGAAACGGUUUAGGAAGUUGGGGUUGGAGAUGUGGGUGCUGGGUAUUCUGGAGAGGGCGUUUUGCGGGACAGAGGUGGUGAGGGCGUUGGUGGGAGUUGGUGGGAAUGAGUCGUGUGGCGGAGGAGCGGCCGUAAGCUGACUUGCUAUCAACGUAGUGAGAAUUCCUGUAUGUAAGUUUCAGAACGGCACUAUUCACUUCUUAUCGUAUGAAUGGCAUU